GCUUUGGAGGAUAAGACUGGCAGAAUGAGUACAGUAUUUGGAAAGAUGGCGUCUGGCAAGAAAGCUGAAAGCGGCAAGCAUGAACAAGGUGUGAAUGGAAGACGAUCAUCAAAGCGCAAUAAGGAAGGCCCCAUAGUCACAUUCAGUCGGACUCUCUGGCUGGCUAUGGAGGGACAACCACAGGACAGGGACCGGAGAAUGAGUGUCGACACUGAGGUGAUGGACACCAAAGGCGGUGUUUUGCGGCCCGUGUAUGGCGUGUGUGAGGAGAACGCCGCCUUCUUCUCCUCCAGCCCCAAGGGGGCAGCUGGGGGCGCCGUCCGGCAGCUGGUGGAUGCCAUGACCACCAUCCAGGAGCACGCACGCAGCCUGGAGCCCGUAGUGUCCGGCUUUGCCGCCAUCUACCACCACUUCGACUUCGACCCCCACAUCCCCGCCAACGGCUACCGCUCACUUGUUAAGUUGGUGCGCUGCUGUCUCCUACACAUUGUGCAUAAGGGCCGCUACAUCAGCACCAGCCGGCGGAGCAUCUUCUUCCGGGUGGCGCACAACGCCAGCGAGAUGGAGGCCUACAGCAACGCCCUGUGCCAGCUGCGGGCUCUGCUCUACCUGGCCCAGCGGCUGCUGCACGACAACAGCCACGGCAACCUCUUCUUCCAGGAGGAGAGUGGCCUGAGCCAGAGCUUCAUGCGCGAGUACGCCUCCAUGCACAAGGGCUGCUUCUACGGCCGAUGCCUCGGCUUUCAGUUUACUCCAGCCAUUCGGCCCUACCUCCAGACCAUGGCCAUUGGAUUGGUGGCCUUUUCUGAGAACUACAGAAAGCAUCAGUCUGGCAUAGGUGUUGCUGCCAGUUCAUUGUUUACCUCGGGGAAGUAUGCCAUUGACCCUGAGCUGCGGGGUUCCGAGUAUGAGCGCAUCACACAGAACCUAGACGUGCACUUCUGGAAGUCCUUCUGGAACAUCACUGAGACGGAGAUCCUCGCGUCUUUGCACACGACUGCCGUGAGGAACCGCAUGCUGCUGGUGCCUCCGGUGGCCUUUGACCUCCCACUGGCCACCGACCCCAAGCGCUCCGUCAGCAUCACCCCACCCUCGGCGCACAUUGGCCCAGCCCCUGUCCAGAUGAGGCUCAUCUCCUAUGAGUUGCGGGAAGGACAGGAUAGUGAGGAGCUGCUGGCCAUCUCGCGGUCAGAGGGGGGGGGCCUAUCGUUCGGCAUGAAGUCCAAACGCAGCCCCCCCUCCCCAUGGCUCCUGGUCCACUACCAUGGUGGAGGCUUCGUGGCCCAGACCUCCAAAUCUCAUGAGCCCUACCUGAAGGGCUGGUCUCAGGACCUGGGUGUGCCCAUCCUGUCGGUGGACUACUCCCUGGCCCCCGAGGCUCCCUUCCCUCGGGCCCUGGAGGAGUGCUUCUUCGCCUACUGCUGGGCCCUCAAGAACAGCCACCUCCUGGGUUGGCCGCAGGAGAAGGCCCUGGCAGGGGACAGUGCGGGGAACCUGUCCAUUACGGUGUCGAUGCGGGCGGCGUCGCAGGGUGUGCGUAUGCCAGAGGGGCUGGUGGCGGCAUACCCGGCCACGCUACUGACCGCCUACGCCUCGCCCUCACGCCUUCUCACACUCAUGGACCCUCUACUGCCCCUUAGCGUGCUGUCCCGCUGCCUCAGUGCCUACGCAGGCUCUGAGCCGUACGCAGAGAAGCAGGUGGAGAAGGUGAGCACGCUCAGUAUGGUGCGGAGAGACACGGCUCUGCUGCUGCGUGACUUCAAGCAGGGCGCCUCCAACUGGAUCCACUCUCUGCUCGACCACAAUAGAGCCACUACUGCACUCUGGCGCCUGUGGAUGCUCCUCAGGCGACCUUUGACCUUAGUGAUGCCUUCCCUCCACUCUCCCAGCUCCGCCUCUUGCUCUGAGGAGGUGAGGAAGAGCGUCUCCGAGGCGACACUGACCUCUCUUCACUCUGACCCCCCCGUGCCCCCCAACCAGUCGUCGGAGUUCUCCGUGCGCCAGGAGUCCCUCAAGAGCCACACCUGCCAGGACCUCGGCACCCAUACAACUCAACUCAACUCUACCCAGAAUGCACAACUGCUGUCAGAGUGCACGCCUGAGGGCGUCAGCUUCUUCCUGUCCAAGCCGAUGGAUGCCUCGGCGUCCAGCGCCCUCUCCUCGGUGGCCAUACCGCCUAGCACCGAGGACGGCACGGGGGAUACGCGCGAGUUCCCCGUGGGCUUCGAGCCGCUGCGCUCGGAGCAGCUGGCCGAGAUGCCAACCCAGACCUCGCCCCUCGUCAGGAACCCCUACAUGUCACCACUGCUGGCCCCCGACAGCAUGCUCAAGGGCCUGCCGCCCGUCCACAUCGUGGCCUGCGCGUUGGACCCGAUGCUGGACGACUCGGUGAUGUUCGCCAAGCGGCUGCGUGGCGCCGACCAGCCCGUGACGCUGUGCAUCGUGGACGACCUGCCGCACGGCUUCCUCAGCCUGUCGCAGCUGUCACGCGAGACCCGCUGGAAGCCCGCCACAACGCUCUCGCCGACGCAUCCGGGCGAGGUCUUCAGCGGCGUGAUCCCCGAGCAGGUGGACACUCGGACGGAGGAAGGGGACAAAGUGCCAGAGAAGGAGGAGGAGGGCUUAGCCGGACUGGUGGCGGCCAACAACCCCGGGGACUCCAGGGAGAUAGGCGUUUGA